UGUGAUUUGUGGGUAUGGAGAUUGCUGAAGUGUCUAGAAAAAGACAAAGCCAAAACAAACCGUUUUAGCGUAAUUGCUUUAUCAAAACAAGUCUAAUUAAUCAAAAGUCAAUGACUGAUUUGAUCCCCCGCUACACACCCUGGGGCAGCCACGCAAGCCCUGACCUGAGGAUGAAUUAUGUCACCAAGAUUAUUCAAUAAACAAAAGCUAGCCCCCACCGGGUUCGCGAAAGUUCCCCGCUGGUCGGGUGGCAUUACCAUUGUCCUGGCUGUUGCGAAAUGCCUCCGCUCGCGCACAAAACUGGUGCCGAAACAGAAGUGUGUCUUCAAUUAUCGCACGAUAAGAGGUCAUGCCGAAACGUGUCUUAUCGCUUUGAUUGAUUAUAGACACCCCUGUUCCCUCCGACCUCCCAUAUUUCUAUCUCUUUAUUUGUUUCUAUUUUGAAGUGGCUUGCGCUAAUUUGCACCGAAGUGGGCAAUCAAUGAAUGUGGGAGAAGCAACCCGAGCUGUGUUUGAUUGUAAAACAUCUUGUCAACAAUUAGUGCGUUCGCGAUUACAGGAUGUAGCUGGUGGUGUUGGAGUUUGGUGUAUUUGCACUGUGGUGUGGUUUUGUUGUUCCUGUUGUUGCAGUUGCGGAUGUCAAGGUUGUGCCCUUCCGCUCCAAGCCCGAUCGAAGCUGGAGAACGUGACGGGAAAUAAUCAGGCACCGGGAACGUGAAUCAAUGAAGGCGGUCCGAUAAGAUAUGGUGUGAGCUAGGGCUUAAUCUGAUAUCGGAGGAAAUUGAACCUUAAAUCGGAAUUUUAACAACCCAAUUGAUUCAAUUAAAAGGCCUUUAAAUAUGCCAAUUGUGAAUGAAUCAUUUAUUUUAAAUAGUCUAUAUAGUAAAGGAAUUGUUUUUGAUAUUAAUCGUAAACAGAACCUCAAGGAUCGUUAUUCAAUCCAAGAUUUACAUACAAUAUGAAUAGAGAUUUUUAUAAGCACUAUGAAAGAAAAGCUGUAUGAGGAAGAUAAGAAAUAAUAAGGUUUAUUGGAAUAUUACAAUUGACGAAGACAGUGUAAGAUCGUGUUGAAAGGCGUCCAAAACGGCUAGCUUUAUCCAGGAGCCAACGCUGUUAGAAACGCUCUGUUUGCGAGAUGCGGACGAUCGAUUAUUCAUAUAGUUCUUCCUUGUAUAAAUUCUUCCUGUCUUUCUUGAUUUAAUUUAAGAUUAUUACGAAGAAGUUGAAGAUGAGAUGGAGCAACAGGCAAAGCGGUGGAAAUGUACUUGGUAGAACUAGGAAGAAUCGGUGGAGAUGAACGUUUGUUAUCCGGAGCUGUCACCUAUCAAUCGACGUUGGUUGCUUCUGAGCAGUAGAUGCUUCACCAGAAAAAGUGGCUAAAGGUGCUGAUGAAUAGAAAAAAAGCUCUAUUUCGACGAACAACGAAGUCUUGUUUCUUAUCACAAGUUCUGGACGUCCAUCGUGCCAUAACCUAAUGAGACAUCGACAUCGAUCAAUCAGUAGCUGAUCCAUUCCAGUACCCCUCGAGAGCACGGUGUGUGCUAAUUUAUAAUUCAAUAAUUAAAUGAAGCAACUUUCUUCUUCUUCUUCUUCUACCUCUCCCAAAGAGGAUAGAACGUCUAAUACCUCCUUUAGUAUUAAUCACCCAUCACAUCGAGCCAUCACCUCCAUCGUUUUCAACUCUGGAACGGAAUCACGAAAACGGGCGAAACAUUAUUGGACGUGUACCUGUCACAGAGCAUCCAAUUUGGCGAUAAGCUUUUGGCACGUUUCCAACUAUUUGACGUCCACCGCGAAACCAUCCCUCCCCUCCCCCCCAAAAGGGAAAUGUGGUUGUAUAAAUAGCAUGCCCGAUUCCCGGGAGAAUAAAGGUACAAUUUCCCUACAGCAGGUGAAAGUAAAGCUUCCCGUCGGGCACGCACAUGAAGCUCGCACUGCUCGUGCUAGUGCUGGUCGGCACGGUAGCCGUCCCGGCACGCUGUCAGGUACAGGCGGACAGUGGAACGACCGUGCAUCUCCCACGACAGGACGUACUCGUUCACGCCGGUUGGUGGGAAUCGGCCGUCCUGUAUCAGCUGUUGCCCCGCUCGUUUCACGACAGCGACGGCGAUGGAAGUGGCGAUCUGCGUGGGCUGCUGGCACGGUUCGAUCAUCUGAUCGAGCUGGGCGUGACGGGCAUUUGCCUGGGCCCUGUGUUUCGCUCACCGAUGCGUGACGGUGGGUACGACGUUUCGGACUACCGUGACAUUGAUCCGCUGUACGGUUCGAUGGGCGUGCUGGAGGAGCUGCUGGAGCGGGCGCAUGCCGCCGGCCUGAAGGUGGUGCUCGACUUUAUCCCCAAUCAUACGAGCGAACAGCACGAGUGGUUCCAGAAGAGUGUGCGGAAGAGCGAACCUUAUCGGGAUUAUUAUAUCCUGCGCGGUGGCGUUGAGGAGGAGAAGGAGCAGGACGAUGGUAAGGAAGACGGCGUGCCAAACAAUUGGCAAUCACUGUACCAUCGGGCGGCUUGGAGCAGGAAUGUGCGCGGUUCCGAGUACUAUCUGCAUCAGUUCGACACGACCGAGCCGGAUCUGAACUACCGCAACGCGAAGGUGCGGCAAGAGAUGGAAGAUGUUAUGCGGUUCUGGCUGGAUCGGGGUGUCGAUGGGCUGCGGCUGAUGCAGGUCAACCAUCUGUACGAGGAUGCGCAGCUCCGCGAUGAACCAUUAAUAGAUCAGAAAGGUUCACUCAGCUACGAAAACAUGAAUCACCUACACACAAGAGAUUUGCUCGACAACUACAUCCUUACGUUCGAUUGGCGCACACUGUUCGAUGAGUACACGCGGGCGGAGGUGGAGGGUGUCAAAGACCACACUAAGCUUAUGAUAACGUCCGCCUAUACCGGUAGCCUCGACGGUACGCUCAAGUGGUUCGGCAUCGGGAACCGGUCCGGCGCACACAUCGCUCAAAACUUUGGUCUGCUGCGGGAAAUUACGCCCAACUCGCGGGCGGAACAGUACCAGCGGGUAAUCGACGGGUGGCUGAACGGGUUGCCCCCGAACGGUGUCGCUAACUGGGUGCUGGGCAAUCAGGACUAUCGUCGCGUUGCGUCGCGCUUUGGCCGGGAGCGGGCAGCCGGACUGGCGAUGCUUUGCUUCACCCUGCCGGGGACGAUUUUCGUGUACUAUGGGGAAGAGAUCGGUAUGGAAGACAAUGAAGCCAUCAGCUGGAAGCAGACGCAAGAUCCGCUCGGCUGCAACACGAACGGCACGGUGUAUCAGCAGUAUUCCCGGGACCCGGCCAGAACACCGUUCCAGUGGGAUGGCAGCAACGAGUGGGCCGGGUUUUCCAAGACACCAAAGAAAACGGACCCAUGGCUGCCGGUGCACCGCAACUAUGGUGUGCGAAAUUUGGCCCAGGAAAAGUCAUCCAACCGGUCGAUGUACCAACUGUACCGGCAGCUAAUAGCAUGGCAUCAACAAUCCGUCACACUGCGCUACGGUUCGUACCAGUCGUUCGUCCUGCCGGACAAUGUGUUUGCGGUGCUGCGUUCGCUGCUCGGUGAGAAGGAGUAUGCGACGGUGCUGAACCUGAACUCGCACGCUGUGACGUUCAAUGUUAGCCGGGUGCACAAGCACGCGAGACGAGCGAGCGUAGCGUUUACGUCGCUCGAGGGAGCGCACACAGUAGGCGAAUCUUUGCAAGACAUCGGCAACGUGGCGCUUGAUGGUUAUGAAACAGUAAUUUUGGAGCUUUCGUGUGGUAUGGCUUGGAGACGAGCAUUCAAAAGCUUAAUGGUGGUAGCUAUUGCUGGGUUGGUGUGCUCGAAUUGGGUGCGAUUGAAGUGAAGUAAGGAAGAUUAAAUUCACCACAAAAAUAGACAAAGAACUUGCCAAAUUCAUCACACGCUACAAAUGACGCUAGCAAUGCUGUACGAAUCACAUGCAACUGAUCUAAUCAAUACAGAAAGAGAGAGAGCGAGAAGACCGGA